CAAUAUCACAUGAUAUCGUUUUAGAUCACUAGCAAGAUCCAGCGUCUGCAGUUAUUAAAUAAUUCCGAUAUCACUUUUCCACCAAAUCCGGUCAAACAGAGAAGUGCCAUGCCACCUAAUUUCGUCCAUUCACUUGAUUCAACUCACAUGAUGCUGACUGCCCUAGACUGCCAGAAGUCUGGUAUUCCAUUUGUGGCAGUCCAUGACAGCUACUGGGCUCAUGGCCGUAAUAUUGAUGAAAUGAAUAAAUUUUGUAGAGAGCAAUUUGUUGCUCUACACAGUCAGCCUAUUCUAAAGGAUCUUGCAAACUUCUUUGAAGAGAAUUUCGGAGGAUUACCGUACAAAACGACUAAAGAAGGAAAAAUGGUCACAUCAUUUUUAAAAGAAUUACCUUCACAAGGAGAACUGGAUUUAAACUGCAUCAAAGAUUCAACUUAUUUUUUCAGUUAAAUUUAUAUUAUUUAUUAUUCUUAUAUUAUUAUCAUUAUUAUUAUUAUUUUAUUAUUAUUAAAUUAGUCGUUCAAAUUCUCGUCUCAUUAUUUUACAUCAUCACUUCCACCUGUAAA